AUGACUUUCUUCAUCAAAAACAUGCUAAGUGAACAGGUCAAGAAUUUAGGCCUCGGUGGUGGUACGGAAGAGAAAAAAGAAGAAGGAGGCACCUCUGAUCCUGCGACUGCGAAGGGAAUGACUAGAGAGGAGUAUGAGGAAUAUCAAAAGCAGAUGAUUGAGGAGAAAAUGGAAAGGGAUGCUGCAUUUACACAGAAAAAGGCAGAGAGGGCGUGCCUCCGAGUUCAUCUCAGAGAUAAGUACCGGCUCCCAAAGAGUGAAAUGGAUGAGAACCAGAUACAGAUGGCUGGAGAUGAUGUGGAUGUACCUGAAGAUCUUCGGAAAAUGGUGGAUGAAGAUCAAGAAGAAGAGGAAGAAAAGGAUUCCAUCCUUGGACAGCUGCAGAAUCUGCAGAACAUGGACUUAGAUACAAUCAAAGAAAAGGCCCAAGCCACGUUCACUGAAAUUAAACAAACAGCAGAACAAAAAUGUUCUGUGAUGUGA